CUUAAAAGAUGAAAGUUAGACAAGUUAGUUCUAAUUCAUAAUUCUUAGAAUUGUAAUUUUUAUCGCCAGAAAGAUUACAGUAUAAGCUUUAAUAUUUUAGUUAUGUGUAAAUAAAAUUAUAUCAAUAUAGAAAAUAGUUUAUAUUAAAUAAAUCAAAAUGGAAACAGGCAUUGAAUCAAUGAACAAUGAUUUACAAACGAAAAUUACAUCACUUGCUGCAAGAAUCACAUUACUAGAAACUGAAAAAAUACAAGAGAGAAAUUCAUUCGAUGGGCAAAGAGCAAAAAUGAAAGAUUUAUUUCUACAGAAGGAAGGUGAAGUAAUGCAAUUAAAAAAAGAAAAUUCUACAUUAUUAUCUGAAUUACAAAAAUUAACACAAGAAUUGGACGAGGCUAAAAGCCAAUUAGUUGCAACAGGUUAUCAAAUGGAAACGGAUUUAAAAGAACAACAAUCUAAAGCACAGGAAGAAAUCGCUACAUUACAGCAGCUUGUUCAUGAGACAAUUGAAGAAAAUAGCAGUUCUAGGUCAUUAUUUGAUAGUGAAAUUUCUCGAUUAAUGGCUGUAGUUGAGAAACUACAAACUGAGAACAAACAACUUCGAGCAAAAGAACAAGAAAGUGCAAGUUUAGCUCCAGCAGUCGUUUUGUCAGCAAUGACUAAAACGUUAGCAAGAAAACUUGGUGCAGAUUCUAUAGAUAGCAAUGAUGAAACAAAAAAAGGCAUAAGACAUGCUCAAGAAGAUGCUGAAGUACUGCGUUCAUUAGUGGUUCCCUUAGAAGAAGAAAUUAAAGCUUUAAAACAAAAGUUGAGAUCAGCAGAUGAACAAUUACAAAUGUACAACCAAGAAAAAAGUAGUAAUAGAUUGUCUUCAAAUGGAGAAAAUUUAGAAGACACUUCUUUAUUAAAUUCCAGUGUACAUUCAUCACAUAAUGUCUGUGAUAUGUGCAGCAACUAUGAAGCUCAGUUAGUACGUGCUCAACAGUCAGUAUUAUCUUUAGAAAAUAAAUUAUCAUUUUCUGAACAAAAUACUGAGCGGGCAAAUGAAAAUAUAAAACGAGAAAUUCAGUUGCGGAGCGAAAUGCAAGCGAAAUGGGAACAUCAAAAAGAUCAGUAUAAAUCACAGGUAGAAGAACUUUGUAGCAGAACUGUUGCGACUGAAAAGGAAUUAGCUGAAUUAAAAUUACGAUUUCCCCAAUUUUGUAGCCAGAUUAUGGAGCAAUUAUCUAGUCUAACCCAGCAGCGAGAACAAGUGCAUUUAUAUAUGAUGAAAUUAAAGGCUGAAAAUGAAAACCUUCUUGGAAAGCACCAUGCACAUUCUCAGAAACUGCAGAGUGAAAUGAUUAAUUUACCAGAUAAAGUGGAGGAGUUGCAAGAACUCCUACUUAGGUCACAUGAAGAAUUAAUUGCUGCAAAAGUAGCAGCAGAAACAUAUGCUGAGAAAGAACAAACUGUUAAAUGUGAAAUUCUGUUACUGAGGGACCAAAUGGUUAUGGAACAACAGCAGCGUGAAACAUUAGAAAAUAGUUUAGUUCAAGAAAAUAAUAAUUUGAAGAGGCAAAUUCAUCAACAUGAACAAGAACGAAGAAGUUUUAGUGCUAAUCGGGAGAAAAUGGAACAUUUCGGUAGACAAUAUGAAGAGUGUUCAAAACAAAAUAAACAAUUGGAACUUAUAGUCCACGAUCUUAGGCAGAGAGUUGCCUCUUUACAGCAAGAGUUAGACAAUAGUGAAGCAGUACAAAAAGACUUCGUAAGGUUGUCCCAAUCUUUACAAGUAGAGUUAGAAAAAAUUCGUGCUGAGGACACGCAAGUUAGGUGGCAACAUGAUGAAGAUGUUGAAGAAUGUCCAACUUGUAGGCAUGGAUUUAAUGUGACUCGAAGGAAGCAACACUGUCGACAUUGUGGACAAAUAUUUUGCUCAGUUUGCUUGACGCAUGUUGUUAAAAGUGGUCCAAACAGUCGACCGUCUCGUGUGUGUGAUGUUUGCCAUACACUUUUGGUGAAAGAAACUGCUCCUUACUUUAGUACUGAACCUCCACAUUCUCCAGAUUAA